CGGUCACACUGCGCCCCUCAACUCAAUUAGUAUUUACAUUUUCCAAUUGGAACACUGAUAAAAAGUGAAUAAAAUUGUUGCAUCGCAGGCGUAACUGGGAUCAAAUGGACUCAGCACAGGAAGACGGGUCUGGCACGGAUAUAUUUCUGGUCACGGCGAACGUUGGCAGCCUCUUCGAGGACCCGGAGAGACUUUUACAACUAUGGCUUCACGAAUUUCUUGCGAAGAUAUCGCAGGUCGCGCCCAAAUUCCUGGCCCUGCAUCUGCAGGAAGUGGGCGGGAAGACCUAUGAAAAGUCCAUGGAGUACGUCCAGGAGUUCAUCCGGUGCCUCUGCGAUGCCCCCGAAUUGGCAGACUUCACCUGCGUACACAUUUUCAUGGACGAGGACUUCAAGUCGGCCGAGCAUUUCACGGCUCUUGGAAGUCUUUACUUCGUCCACCAGGAUGUUGCGUCCCUAAAAAUAUGGAACUUCUUAACCCACAGUUGGGAGGAAAGUCUUCAAGAUAUUAAAGAUAAACAUAUCUAUUCCGGAAACAUUGAAACUAUUGCCACCAAGGAGAAGUCUAAAUUCCCACAGCAUUUUUUCCCGGAAUGCAAAUGGUCUCGUAAGGGUUUUAUGCGAACAAGAUGGGAAAUCAAUGGCACAGUGAUCGAUCUAGUCAACAUACACUUAUUCCACGAUGCUUCCAAUUUGGCUGCAUGCGAAAAUUUCCCCUCCGUUUAUUGUAAGACGCGGAGAAGAGCCUUAGUUCAUACCAUUGAAAGGUUCCAUUUGGACGAGCAGAAUGGCACGGUGCCAUUUUUCCUCUUUGGGGAUUUUAAUUUUAGAUGUGACACUGAAGGCGUUGUGAAAGAACUAACUGAAAACUUGACCGCUCAUCGCGUUCAAAAUGUCAAGAACGAGAACGAUAAGAUCCAUUAUCGCAACUCAACUGGAAAUAACGUACUUACCGUUGGAAAAAAAGAAUUUAGUCAUGCCGACCAUCAACUUAAGUUUAAAGAAGACUGGCUUAAGAAGUUUGAUAGAGAGUUGGAGCCACUUAAAGACGUUCUAGUCGAAUAUCCCAUUAAGUUCGUUCCGUCGUAUCCGUUUGAAGAAGAUCCUGAGAUGCCCACCGACUAUAUGUCCACUCGCUGUCCAGCUUGGUGCGAUAGGAUUCUGAUGAGCCCCCAAGUCCAUGAGAUUAUUCGUAGCGAUGAUUGGAAAUACGGAAUGAUUGGGGAAGCUGUUUGCAUGGGUGACCAUAAGCCUGUUUACUUAACUGUCCGUCUUAAACCAAACAAAGGUACUUAUAGAUCUUGUGAUUGCAACUACACGAAUACUUACGCCAAACCCAACAACAUCUCAACAUCACCCGUGCCCGCUGUCAAACUGAAAUACUGUCCCUAUUCUAAUAAGCUCUUUGAGGAUAUAGCAACUAGUUCAAAGUUGAUCGACGAAACGGAGGCUCGCAAUAUGUACAAUUCAUUGAAAAUUAGUCAAGACGACGAGGCGGGCAAAACGGCUUCCUCGAACUUCCCAAACAUUAGUAUUAACAUAAUCGACUCCGAUAAUAUCUGCAUGUGCUUGUGCGCCCACCUUUCCAGCAAUAGUCUGCUGCAGUUCGACGAUAGCAGUCGAACCGGCGAGGCCAUUUGCCCGAUGUGCCGGAACAUUAUCAAAAGGCAGCCCGUGGCACACCGGUAUAAGUUGCUGUCCAAGCGCUUGAUGCUGACGCAAGACAUUAUAAUCAACCGCAUAGAUACGCAACACUUGAGCACCGACACCGAGCGGCUGUACGAAGAUCCCUAUACGCCGGAGAGUACAGAGUCUCACUCGCCGUAUCCGGAGGUCACCAGUUCGUGCACCUCCACCUCGAGCAGUUCGCGGAGUCCGCUGGAACGGCGUUUGGCACCGGAUAGAAUAUCGGAGGGCCAGGCUUGUGAAUCAGAUUUAUCGACCUGCCGCGAGGCGGGAAAUCCCGCAGAGGAGAAUACCCCUAGGGGCACCGUGACCCCGGGCCAGCUGAAGUCUCGGCUGGAGAACCUAAAGCGCUUAUCCCUCAAAGACGAGGAAAAGGACAAGGACACAGUUGAUGAGGCAGCGGAUGAUGUUGUUGAUCAAGUUGAAGCCGUUUGCCCCCCAAUUGCUGAUCCAACGCGGCCAAAACGCAGCUCUAGUGUUAUUAAUAUGUGUUGUACUAUCAACUAAUUUCAGUCUUUUGUUAUUUUGAUUUAUAUCUCGUUGUUAAGAAAAGUAUUUAAAGUCCUGCGAUUAAAGUACCGCUUGGUAGUACGCUAUGCAUUAUUUUAUACGUACAUAUAUUAUUUUACGACUAAUAUAUUUUUAAGAACAUUUUAAAGUUUCCUUUCUGUCUGCAUGUGCGGAUUUACCAAAAAAAUUAACGGCUAUGUUAUUGUUGAUUACAUACAUCGCUUAUUAUUUUUUACGUUACUUUAAGUAUCUGAAAUCUCUAAUCUCUGUAUUCUUGAAAGUCAUACAUAUUCGUACAAAACUUAAAAUCUAAAAAUCACAUGGUAAUUUAUAUACUUACUUUGACCUACGCUUAAAGCUUAAAACUUUAAUUAAACUUUGUUUUAAGUUA